AUAGAGACCCAAGAGGGCUCUUUCAGAUCCAUCACUGAGGGUUUUCACAAAGAGGGCGUCUUGAUAAACGCCUUCGUUUUACAGUGAAAGCCUGUGAUUCCUUUCUUUGUUUCUACACUUACCUUUUAGAUUUUCCUUCACUUUCCUGCGAAAAUGAGAGAGUGCAUCUCAAUUCACAUUGGUCAGGCUGGUAUUCAGGUCGGCAAUGCCUGCUGGGAACUUUACUGCCUUGAGCACGGCAUCCAGCCUGAUGGCCAAAUGCCAAGUGAUAAGACUGUUGGCGGAGGUGACGAUGCCUUCAACACCUUUUUCAGCGAAACUGGUGCUGGGAAGCACGUCCCUCGUGCUGUCUUUGUUGACCUUGAGCCCACUGUCAUUGAUGAAGUGAGGACCGGAACUUACCGCCAGCUCUUCCACCCUGAACAGCUCAUCAGUGGCAAGGAAGAUGCUGCCAACAACUUUGCCCGUGGUCAUUAUACCAUUGGAAAGGAGAUUGUUGAUCUGUGUUUGGACCGUAUCAGAAAGCUUGCUGACAACUGCACUGGCCUCCAAGGAUUCCUUGUAUUCAAUGCCGUUGGUGGAGGCACUGGUUCUGGGCUUGGCUCCCUUCUCUUGGAGCGUUUGUCCGUCGACUACGGAAAGAAAUCAAAGCUGGGUUUCACUGUCUACCCUUCUCCACAGGUUUCCACCUCUGUUGUUGAGCCUUACAACAGUGUCCUGUCUACCCAUUCGCUCCUGGAACACACUGAUGUGGCUGUACUUUUGGACAAUGAGGCCAUUUAUGACAUUUGUAGGCGCUCCCUUGACAUUGAGCGACCCACCUACACCAACCUCAACCGCCUUGUCUCUCAGGUGAUUUCAUCUUUGACUGCCUCUCUGAGAUUUGAUGGUGCCUUGAACGUGGAUGUGACUGAAUUUCAGACAAACUUGGUCCCCUACCCCAGAAUCCACUUCAUGCUUUCUUCUUAUGCACCAGUCAUCUCUGCUGAGAAGGCAUAUCACGAACAACUCUCAGUAGCUGAAAUCACCAACAGUGCAUUUGAGCCAUCAUCCAUGAUGGCCAAGUGUGAUCCUCGCCAUGGCAAGUACAUGGCAUGCUGCCUGAUGUACCGUGGUGAUGUUGUGCCUAAGGAUGUCAAUGCUGCUGUUGCUACUAUCAAGACUAAGCGCACCAUUCAGUUUGUUGACUGGUGCCCCACUGGAUUCAAGUGCGGUAUCAACUACCAGCCUCCCACUGUUGUUCCAGGAGGUGACCUUGCCAAGGUGCAGAGGGCUGUUUGCAUGAUCUCCAACUCCACCAGUGUGGCAGAGGUGUUCUCCCGCAUCGAUCACAAGUUCGACCUCAUGUAUGCCAAGCGUGCCUUCGUGCAUUGGUAUGUGGGUGAGGGUAUGGAGGAGGGAGAAUUCUCCGAGGCUCGUGAGGACCUGGCUGCCCUGGAGAAGGAUUAUGAAGAGGUUGGUGCAGAGUCUGCUGAGGGUGAGGAUGAUGAAGGGGAUGAGUACUAAGAAGAUUGAUGUUGCUGCGGGUGGUUUAUCUCUUAUCUAUUUGCCCUUCUGAUGUUGUGUAUCUGUGGAACGAGACCCUGUUGUUUGUGUUAAUUCUACUCGGAUUGUGAUGCUACUACUUUUACUUUUUGGUACUUAUUAUGGUUUAGUUUUUCUUUUCUCUUCA